CCUCUCCCAUCUCACCCUCCAUCAUACACUUCAUUCCUGCUUUGAUUUCUCCUUACGCAACAGGCAGUCUCGAUACUAAUAGGCAUGAUGGCUCGGAACCUGGACCAACUACCGACCGAGAUACUUCUGUUAAUCGCCCAGUGUCUAGCCGACCAGAGAGGCAUCAACGCUUUGGUGCAGACCAGUAGAAACCUAUACAAUUCUUUGUAUCAUUUCCUCUGUCUGCAUAAUGUACAACAUGAGAAGGGCUCGGCUCUGUUGUUCGCCGCACAGAAUGGUUAUACUGGCUUGACAACCAAACUGCUUGAUGCUGGACUGGAAAUCUCCUCGUUCGAAAGUCUCAAUGAAGUUGCAUACGACAAGAGCAGGGACGAGGAUCUUUCAAGAGCCAAUCCGCUUUUAAUGAGUGCUCAAGCAGGACAUAAUUCAACCCUCGACCUCAUGCUCUCCGAAAAAAGACCCGACCAAGCAUGCUCACGGGCUCAGCUACGCACGGUUCUUCACUGGGCCAUUCGUUCUCAUAACAAGCAGCUGGUGGAGCUGAUGAUUGAGCACCAAGCUCCCCUAGAUCCCGCAGGAACUGAGAGAGAAGCCCCCUCUGCUUUGGGGGUGGCCGUUUCCUCUCGUUAUUACUCCAUUAUUCCUCACUUUCUUGACCUCGGGGCACGGGCAGGAAAACACGAGUGCCCAUGUCCUAUCGAGCAAGCAAUAUACGAUGAUCAGCCAUCACUCAUUGCACUCUUAUUCGAGCAUGGUGUCCGAUUGAACUGCGAUUGUGGUCUUUGUUAUAUAGCAUCUCGGGGUGACACUGCCACGCUCCAACUUUUGAUCGAUCACGGAAUUGAUCUGAGUGUUUACGGCAACGCGGCAUUGUUAUACGCGAUCAUGGAAGGUCAAUACGACAUGACCAAAUUACUCAUUGACAAUGGGGCAAGCCCCAACUACAACUGUCGGUUUACCAUAUUCAAGGAAGACGACCUCAAUGUGUUCUGGUACGACGCCAUAGACUUUGCUGUGCACUUUGAGCGCGUUGAUAUCCUGAAGCUUCUACUAGAGAAGGGGGCUCACCCUGGAUACGGUAUAAGGACCAAGGAUGAUAAUUAUUCGGAAGAGAUCCUGAGUCUUCUCUCGAAAGGUCGCAAAAGGUAUUCACCCUCACAGAAAAGUCUAGAAUCUCUUGCUUGGUUUGGGAAUCAAAUCAGAGAAGAAGACGACGAUCUUAGAUUGAACUGGCCAGGCCUGGUAUGCGCCAUUGACGAUGCAUAUCCCCCUUUUCCUGAGGCAGUUCAUCGUGCCUUGGAAUCUUGACUGUAUUUCUUUGCAUUCGCUCACUAUUGGCUUCUACAUACUUCAUGCAAUGCUUUGCUGUCGAAUAUCCUUUCACAUAUUGAUGACUUGGAUGCUGCACGGGUUUGUCGUUCUGCUGUACGACUACUUUUCUAUUUAUCUUCCAACCUCGGUAUACCUAGUUUGAUUCUAGCUUUUGAACUUUUCAUACGGCAGCCCCGAAUAGCUUGUUCAUAUGUGAG